ACAAUCAUCGAACUCAAGACAACAGCGCACAGCGAACUCAACAGAAUCGCCGGUCGCAUAAACCCUAUAAUACACUGCUCAUCAUAGUACAACAAGACUCGAGAAAAUAAUAUACAAAAAUGGACACAGAAAACCGCCUCUGGCGCUUCCAAAAGCCCGAAUGGCUCAACAACUCAACUAUCCGAACAGCCGGCGUCUACGUCUCCGGCGCAUUGUUUUCCCUCGGCUUCUUCUUCCUCAUCGACGCCUCCGCCUUCAGCGCCAGUCCGCGAAACGGCUCAAACGUACAUGUGAAAUUCGUCGAUUGGAUUCCCGGUAUCUGUUCCGCCCUGGGGAUGUUGGUUAUUAAUUCCAUUGAGAAGUCGCGUUUGAGUGCGGAUAGUUUUAGUUAUAGUGGUAGCGGGGUUGCGUGGAAGGCGAGGUUUGUGCUCUUUUUGGGGUUUGCGUUGUUGGCUGGGGGGUUGGCGGGGAGUGUGGUGAGUAUUCUUUCCCUCAUCUUAUUUUGCGGACUUUUCUAGUUGGAUGGAGUAUUGAGUUGACGGGCUCUUUAGACGGUCUUGGUUCUCAAAUAUGUCAUGAAGAAUUAUCCUCUGCCGACGUUGUAUUUCGGUAUUGCGAAUGUGGUUGCGAACGGGCUUGUUAUGCUCAGCUCUGUCGUCCUUUGGAUCUCGCAAAACAUCGAGGAUGAUUAUACAUACAACCUAGCCCUAUAAGCUCUAUAUUCGCCUACAGAUCAGAGCUCGGACGAAUGCGUCUUGUUGUCUUGAUUCGAUACUCUACCAUUCUUCCGUCAUAUAUGGACGACAUCUCGACUAUAUUUGCUUUAUAGAUCCUGUUUUUCAGCACUUGUCUUUGAUUACCUUGAUUCUACUUGUACAAGGAUGUAAUUUGUUAUCUAUGGCGUUUGGAUGGGUUUUAUGUAUGUAUGUAUUAUUGCAAUUACGUUUGAAUGUGGAAUCUGCGUUAUAUCAAGC